UAAUACCACUGCGCGUUGACAUCAAAAUUGGCACUCAUUUUCCAAAAUGUCUCGAUCAAUGCCUCAAUCAACUGUCCGGAAUCAAAUUCAAGAGGACUGGGCAAACAGGGAGUACAUCGAAAUUAUAACAACCAAUAUAAAAAAGAUAGCAGAUUUCCUCAACUCUUUUGAUACAUCAUGUAGAUCAAGACUAGCUGUUCUGAAUGAAAAAUUGACAGGACUGGAGAGAAGGAUAGAGUAUCUUGAAGCUAGAGUUACAAGAGGGGACACACUGGUCUGAAACUAGGAGGGCUACAAUAAUUCUAUAAACCAUCAAAGUGGCGGGAGGAAUAAUUCACAGAGGGAGGCUAUGGGCAUCACAGUAUGAAACAAGGCCACACCAGGGUCUACUAAAUGGUCAAUAGAGGUCAUCUCUGCGUAAUAAUAUUUAAAUCUAAAAAAAAAUCCUGUAACAAUUUUAAAAAGAUAGCUACUGACAAGAUUCCUCUUUAUCUCCUCCUCUCUAUCCCUUUCUCUUUCUCUCUCCCCACCUUCUUUCAAACACAACCGACCCUUGUUUGUACUGUUGAUUGGAAAGACCCCUACUGCCAUGAUGUAAUUUGUCUUGUAACUUGCCAAGGAGCUACAUGUACACAUGGAUGAUUCUUAUUAUACAUCAAGCCCGGCUCACACUAUGCGAUUCGUUGCGACACGAUUUUUCAAGAAAUCACACUUUGUAUCAAAUAUGACAGUUCCAAGAAGUAAAAUUAUUUUAUUUAAAGCUUGGCAUAAUGUUAGGAAUACUGAAAUCAUAUGUUUUCUUUGCAGCAAGCCCUGUGGUCGGAGUAAAGUCCAAAUCGGCUUCCAGUCGCAGCUGAUGAUGACGUCAUUACAAUUUGGAUUGAAUUCGUUUUUAUUCAUUCAGGGAGGCUCAAACUGGACUGAAUUUUGAUUUCAGUAGUCCUACCACUAUUCUGAACGCUGACCUGUGCAAUUUUAUUUUUUGGAAUGUCCAUAUCAAAUGUUAUCACCAUUUUCUUUGAAAUUCGGAUCGCAAGGAAUCGCAUAGUGUGAGCCGGGCUUUAGUUUAAUUUCUUUAUAAUUAUUUCACUUUGAUUGUAUAAACAAGAUUUAAAUACAUAUGUUGUAGUGCAUUUCCCCCAAAUUGAAUACAACUUUCAACUAAGGUUUUUUGAGCAAAAUAACUUAGUUGAAGUGUUCCUGUACUUAUUGAUUGACAAAUUUAUGUAUGAUAGUAAGGUUAAUACAAAAAUCUCAGAUUGUUUACUAUGAAUAGGGACAAUUUUGUUUGUACACUCAUGCAUGACCCGACAGAUUAUUCUUAUUCUCACACAAAAAGUAGUUGACUAGAAAUACACUUCAGGAGUCAGGACUAAAAAAAUUUGCUCAACCCUUUUAGUUAAAUUGAAUAAUGGCCUUUUUUUAUUUUGUGAAUGAAGAAGAAGAAAACACAAAAUACUUUGGUUGUAAAUGGCAAGUGUGAGCAAAUGUGAAUAGACAGCUCGGUCAGUAAUCGUUUGCAUUAUUGAAAAUGUAUGUAUAUAUAAAGGUACCUAUCUAUUAGUAUACAAUUUGUAUGUUACUUCUAUUUGUAUUUUAUAAAAGAGAUAUAUAUAUUUCGCAGAUAGUUGAGGCAAGAAGAAAGGAAUGAGCUUGAAUUAAUGAUACUAUUUCUAGUUCUCAUGUAUAUUACUGUAGAGUUUAGAUUGCAUGUUGGCAUACAAGUUUUGAAGAAUAUGCAUUUAUAUUUUUCAAUUUUUCUUGUAUUUAAUUACACAAUGUUCAACAAAGAACAAAUGUGUGUGUACAUGUACAAUGAUGUUGGCUAACUGAUAAAGCAAGCAAGCACACAAACAAACAAAAAGAAAACAUUUGCUGUAAAUUGCUGUAAAUUUAAAGUGCCGCCCAUAAACUAAAACUGAAUCUUUUGAGUAUCCAUGAACUACAUUUUUUUGGACAAUUGAAUGAUCUUUGUAUCUAUAAAAAGAAGAAGAUAAUUUUGGAAUGGAUUUUUAUGAUCUCUGUCCCUGAACCAUGUUCAGAAUAUUCUGUAAAAUGAUCAUUGCCAUGUGUCCUACAUGUAGAUUAAUUGAAUUAAUUUCAUCUAAAUGAAAAUCUAUCAAAAUAACCACAGAAAAAGUAGCCCAGAUAUGACCAUAAACAAGUAUUGCUUGCCUGUUAGUCUAUUAUUAUAGGAUGCAAUAAUAAAGGCCAAUCCUUUGAUUUGGUAUCAAUCUCUGGAACAUUUCAUGAAGCAAACAGUAUGGCCCGAAUAAAAAAUGGUGGUUUUUAAAGGUGUUUUUUUUUUUAAAGGGUGGACUCAUUAAUUCAAAACAGUGGACUAAUGAAUAAAAUAGCGUACUUAACCAUGGCAACAGGCGUCAAUUUGACGCACUGUGACAAAAGCGCGCAUCAGCACUGGACAUUUUUUAAUGUACGCGGUAAAUAAGUGUAAUUUAUACAGGAAAUCUGCAUAAACCAUGGGUUAAACCGAUGGUUUUAAAAACCACCUUUGUGAAUUUGGGCAUUUGUGAUUUUAACUGACUACUUAUAAGCAAAUGAAAUCCUUGCCUCUGAUUGGCUCAGAUUGAAUUCAGAUGUUUUAUGAAACACUCCCCUGAUCCCCACAGAUGUGAAGAUAGUCUCUCGUGAAAGAAAAAAAAAACGCAAAAAACAUUCGACCCUCACCCUGGUUACUUUUUACAGUUUUCAGGUGAUUUCUUUAAUUGUAACUGGUAAUAAAAACUCAAACUUAGAGCCAUUGUAUUUAUUAGGACUCAAUUCAUCAUAUUUUCCAUAUCAUCGAAAGGUAAUGUGUAUUGAAAGCAAAUCAUGUAAUUUUGAAAGUUUGUGGAGAGAACAGGAAAUGUCUCACGCUCACUUUCAUGUCACUUAUGAAUGUUGAAUAUUUAUGUAGAGUAUGGUAGAUUUUCUUAAUAAAAAAACACUUUGUAUAAAUUGCA